AUGUCUCAGGGCGCAAGAAUUUCGGGGGAAUUUGGUUGGCGUAAGCACUGCCUGCUCACAGGGCAAGAACACUGGGGCAAGAACGAUGCCCACCGGCCGUUUCUCUUCACUGCGACAACUUCGGCUGCGGAACGGAGCAAUGUCACCUCGACGUCACUUUCAUCCCAACCAUGCUUGGCAAACCAUUCGCAGAACACCGGCGGCAUGUCAAAUACUGAUUUGAUAUCACGGGCCGCUUCCGGGGCCACGGCCGCCGCCAUCGAUGCCGACAGCUCCGGCGUUUCCGGAAACCCGAAGGGCAAUCUCGCAGUGACUCCGCGAGUCAAGCUAAACGCACCCGGAGUCCCCGGCGAUGAAGACCACAGCGAUGCCGCCGGCCGCGCGAGAACUCCUGAUCCGACGGAGCCAGCGUCUGCCCAAAACAAGCGAUCGGCGGCCGAGAUCGCCCUGGUAAUGGGCCCGCUUUGCCUGUCCAGCCUGCUAUCGUCGCUGGACCUGACCAUCGUGACGCCCGCCAUCCCCUCCAUCGUACACUCGCUACAGUCGGUAGCCCAGGGGGCCGACCACGCGAAUACGGCUAGCGGCUAUGUCUGGAUUGGCGGCGCCUUCAUCCUUGCCCACACGGCCACGACCCCGGUAUGGGGCUCCGUUUCCGACAUCUGGGGCCGCAAGCCCGUCAUCCUCGCCGCGCUCGCCAUAUUCCUCGCGGGCAGCCUUCUCUGCGCCCUGGCGCCGCACAUGGACGCCCUGAUCGUCGGCCGGGCCGUCCAGGGCCUUGGCGCCUCGGGAAUGGGCAUCAUGGUCAAGGUCAUCAUCUGCGACAUGUUCUCGAUGCGGGAUCGUGCCCUGUAUUUCGGCAUCACGUCGUUCGUCUGGGCUAUUGGCAACGCCAUUGGGCCUGUACUGGGCGUGCCCAUUGGUGCCGUCGUUUUCGCAACCUUGCUCCUUUUCCUCAAGGUCCCCAACCCCCGAACCCCUCUGUGGGCUGGCCUCAAGGUUAUCGACUGGUCUGGGAGCCUUCUCAUCAUCGGAGGCGCGCUCAUGAUCCUGCUUGCCCUUCAGUUUGGCGAUGUCAUCCAUCCAUGGUCCUCUGCGACUGUCAUAUGCCUUGUCGUCUUUGGCUCGGCGGUAGUUGGCAUCUUUUUUCUCAAUGAGUGGAAGCUCGCAAAGAACCCAAUCAUCCCGUUGCGCCUCUUGUCCAACAAAUCGGUCGUUGCGGCCAUCGGGAUCAUGUCUUUCAACAUGUUUGUCUUCAUCGGGCUCGCCUAUUACUUGCCACUCUACUCCCAAUCUGUUCUGGGCGCCGACGCCCUAGCUUCGGGGCUACACCUCCUCCCACUCAUCGUUUCGUGCUCUCUAGCGGCCACGUUUGCUGGUUGGCUAAUCCAGAAAACCGGAAAGUAUCUGCCAAUCAUGUUUGUGGCUCAGGUGAUUUUCAUCCUAGGCACCGGGCUUUUGUCCAACCUCGGGUUCGAGCAGGACCUGACGAGGCUCUUUUUGUACGAGAUACUCAUCGGAGUGGGCAUCGGCAUGAACCUUGAGGGCCCUCUCCUGGCUGCGCAGUCGACAGCUUCCGCGAGGGACACGGCAGCUAUCAUUACGACCAUGGAUUUCUCCCGCGCCCUUUUCACCGCGAUAUCCGUUGUCGUGGGCGGCGUCAUCUUCCAGAACAUGAUGAACGCCGCCAACUCGACGCUGGUUCACACCCUCGGGCCCGAGGUGGCUGUUCGCUUCACAGGCCCGCAGGCGGCGGCCAGUAUCGACUUUAUACGCAGCUUGGCCAGAGAUCAGCAGUCACUGGUACGCGAGCGAUACUUUGACGCGUUCAAACCUGUGUGGAUCCUGUAUGUGGUAUUCGCCGGAGCUGCUGGAGUUCUCCAUCUUCUCGUCCGCGGGAACCACCUGAGCACCGAGAACAAGGGACCAGUCCUUGGCACCAAUAGGACACAAGGGGCCUCUGACGAGCCGUCAACGCAAGUUCUUCGGGGUGCAGCGGAUCGAAUGUCACUGGAGCUCAGCAACAUGAGGCACCGGCAGGCUCAGCGUCUUUAG